UCAUUUUUAAUCAUCUAUUUCCUGCACUGGUUUAUAUUUAUUGAAGAAACUUCCUUCAGUGGUGUUCAGUCACUGUACACAAGAUGCUCGGUGUCCAGAACAGAGACCAUGUCUUUAACAGCUGCUGCAGUGUUGGUGAACUAGCAAGUCAAAUGUUUAUGUAAAGCAUUGUGCAUGCAAAAUAACAAGCUUGUUUCUGUUUAACAUUGAAUUACAGCCAAUCGAAUGAAAGGAAGUCAACUGGGGAAAAACCUCCAUCACCCGAACUACAAUUGACAAAGUCCUCAUGAGGCCUUUGAAUUAAACGACUUUCUGGCCCAAUCUUCAAUCAAUCGUAGAGAUCCAGGAUUAACUUGAUGUGUCCUUUGCCACCUCUCUCUCAGUUUUAAGGGAUUUGUGCAUCUAAAAUCUUAGCCAUUGCUUUGGAAUCUUUCAGGCGAAUUUCUGGGUAUGCAUCAGACCAUGACUUUACUGGAGGAAGCAGAAUGAAUGCUCAGUUCAGAUGCCACCCUGUACUUCAGCAGUUGCCAUUCCACUGGAACAGCACCGACUUGGAAAACAAUGCUUCAAGCGGCUACAGUGGAAGCUCCUGGCAUCUGACUCACCCCCAGCUCUGGUCCAAGUACCAAGUGUGGGAGUGGCUCCAACACACACUGGAUGCCAACCAGUUGGACGGCAAUUGUAUUCACUUUCAAGACUUCAACCUAACGGGUGAGCAGUUGUGUUCCAUGUCUCUGGAGCACUUUAACCAAGUGGCUGGACCUCUGGGCCCACUUCUCUUUGCCAGCCUUGGGAACCUAAAGUGGAGCAGCAAGUGCCUGCACUCACCUGGACAGCCACUGGUGGCAGAGCAGAGAGGUGUAUUUCUCAAUGGCAUGCUGUUCCCAGUCAAUGGUACGGUCAAAUCGCAAGCAAUUGAUUUGUCAACUGUCAACAAUGCAUGGAAGGAAGACGAAUAUUUGUUUCAAAAUAAAUAUGGAAAUUCCAUUGAUAAUGAAGAGGUGGGAAGAAAGGAGGCUGCAGUGAAAUCUGAUCCUGAGGAAGCCCCAGAUUCUCAAGAUGUGAAACGAUGUGUCCGGUCCCACAGGUCAAGUGGAUGCAAGCGCACCCCUCGCGGGACGCACUUGUGGGAGUUUCUUCGCGACGUCCUGCUGGACCCGGACAAGAAUCCGGGGCUGCUGAAAUGGGAGGACAGGUCUGAAGGGGUUUUCCGUUUCCUCAAGUCUGAAGCCGUGGCUCAACUCUGGGGCAAGAAGAAGAACAACAGCAGCAUGACCUAUGAGAAGCUGAGCCGUGCGAUGAGAUAUUAUUACAAACGGGAAAUCCUGGAGCGAGUGGAUGGCCGUAGGCUGGUCUAUAAAUUUGGAAAGAAAGCUCAUGGUUGGAGGCACUAUGACCAACAAUGAACCAUUGGAGAUUGUCAAGGGAACAUCAGUGACAAAAUAUCGUGACAAAUCCUCUCCUAGAGCUUCCAACCACCAUCUUGUUGCUGACAAAUUUCCUAAAGCCUCAAAAUCCCUGCGAAAAGGCAAUGUUCUGACACAGUUGUCUCAAAUGUUUUUUGAACAGAGCAGGUGAUUGCGAGCCAUGUGGAAAAAAGGACUGUGUGAAUUAUUUUCCCAAAAGAUUGGAGCAACAGUUUGAACGUCAGGCAAAAAAAAGUCGCAUAUUUUUGUUUUCUGUGAAAUAACAGCUUGUAAUAAUAAGAUUAUAUUUAUUUAUCCACCACAUGUAACAUGGCAAAAUACCCGAAAGCACUUCCCAGGAAUAUACUCAAAUAUAUAUGUGAACCCAAACUUCAAAAGGACAUAUCAGGUGAUCUUGCUUGAAUGAAGUAUCUUAAAUAAAAAUAAAUGGAUAAAGAGAUGGAGAGGGGUUUUCAGAGCUCCAGGCUGAUUCAGCUGAAAGUUAGUGGUGGGAUAAAGGGCAUUGCAGUGCCAAAGAGCUGAGAAUCGGUGCUCCUCCCACAAUGUCAUCUCAGGCUAACGGCACAAUGCAAUGUUUGCUCUUGGAGAAUUGCCAACUCACACGCCUGCAGGUGAUUCCAUGCUGAAUCCCAACUGCUGACAUCAGGGCUACUUCCUUCACUUCUAUCUUUUACAGGUUGCAGAGGAAUUAUCCUGGUAGUUUUCAAAUGAAAAUCCAAUGGUCAAAUUUUUAUUUAUUGAGAAUAACAACAAUGGAGGGUCAUUAUUGGGAAAGAUUUUGAUUCUUGUAUCUGGUGGAAAAUGCAAAUGUUUAACACUGUUUUAACCAUGAAGAUUCCUUAUACAUAUAUGAAAUUACUGCAAUGAAAUUGAUUUGAAAAUUA